AUGCUGCCGCCGCCACUCCCCUCCUCGCGCGCGCCGCGACCUGCUGCGCCUCCGCCUGGCGCCGGCGACGAUGCCGCCGCCGGCUUGGAGGGGCUGCGUCUGGCUCGCCGCCGCUGCUUUGGGGUGUCGGCAUUGGCGCCGAUCGAAAAUGAGAUGUUCUCGAAUGUCACCGCCAGUGAGUGCGAGAUAGGGCUAGCUGCUGGCGGCUAG